CUCUCUCUGUCAAAUAAAUACAUAAAAUCUUAAAAAAAAAUAAAGACUUCCUUACUGUUGCGUUAUAUGUAAAAAUAUUAUGUUAAUUAUAUUUUAUAACACAUAAUUUUAGCUUGUUUAGGUGGGCUUUUAAUCAAGCUCUGAACAUGGGAUUUCAUUGUGUUGUUCUGAACCUGAUCACAACCCUCAGGUGGACGGCAAAUGGGAUCAUCCUUCCACCCACCAGGAGUUGGUAAAUGUUCCCAUUUCUCUAUGAGCUUAUUGAAAUCUCUUCUUCCUACUUCCUCCAAAGGACAGCCUUUUCUGCCUCAGGGAGGAAUAGAAAUAUAGACCACAAUGAUGGAGACCUCCCAGAUGUGCACAAGAAGCUGCCCUUCAGCGCUGGAGAGGACCGAGCCAUGCUGCUAGGGUUUGCAAUGAUGGGCUUCUCUGUCCUCAUGUUCUUCUUGUUUGGAAUCACCAUCCUAAAGCCUUUCUUGCUCAGCACUCAGAGAGAAGAAUCAAACUGCACUAUCAUCCACACUCAUAUCAUGGAUGACUGGAUAGACUGUGCUUUCACCUGUGGUGUGGACUGCCGAGGCCAGGGCAAGUACCCAUGUCUUCAGGUGUUUGUGAACCUCACGCAUUCAGGUCAGACUCUCCUACAUUAUAAUGAAGAAGCUGUCCAGAUAAACUCCAAGUGCUUUUACACACCCAAAGGCCACCAAGACAGGAGUGACUUGCUCAACAGUGCUCUGGACAUAAAGGAAUUCUUCGAUCACAAAAAUGGGACACCCUUUUCAUGUUUCUACAGUCCAGAGAGCCAAUUUGAAGAUGUCAUUCUCAUAAAAAAGUACGACCAAAUGUUUAUCUUCUACUGUUUAUUCUGGCCAGCGCUGACUCUGCUAGGUGGUGCCCUGAUUGUUGGCAUGGUGAGAUUAACACAGUACCUGUCUCUACUGUGUGAGAAAUAUAGCACUGCACACAGAGAUGAGGUAGGUGGCAAAGUACCUUAUAUGGAACAGCAUCGAUUCAAACUGUGGAGUGUGGGGAGGAGCCAAGAAAGGGGCAGAGAAAUCUCACGAUGGUGGCCAGAUUAAUUGAGCACUUUUGGCCUUCGGAUGCUUGGCAAUUUUUGCGCCUGAGGACCUAAUGGUGCCUGCUUGCAGACUAACCAUGUAGAGGCAAUUCAAAUUAAGUAUGAUAUUUCACAUGGGAAACAACAUUUUUAAAAAGCCUCAUUAUGUAUUCCAUCUAUUCUAUAAAUACACACAAACUUUUCCUCUACCCCACAUUUCUUUCCACGUGAGCCAAAGCAGCACUUUUGUUCCUUCAUGGCAACAUGGGCUCCAGGUAGCUGUGCUUGAUCUAAUUUCGGCUCUCGUGGAACCCGUCGGUGUGGAGUACAUGAUGAGGGAAUCUACCUACUACUGACCACUGAACAACCAGCCUCGCUGUCGGCAACAGAGUUCACAUCAAAGUAUUUCUCAAAACAAUCUUGGUGAAGAGCAAGUCAUUCACUGUUCGGAAGAGAAUAAUCUGAUAACUUCAAAAAAAUGUGGGCCUACCAUUCUACCUCCCCAUUCAUGAUAAAGGAAGAAAGCAGCUGCCUAGCAAAUUCGCUAAGUUUAGAGCUAUUCAUACUUAACCUUGCCAUGUACCAUGUAAUUUUGCUUUCAGCCACAUUUUUCUAGUUAAUUACGCUUUCCAUAAGCUCAUUUUAUUCUUUGUGCACAUUCUGGUGGGAGUGGGAGAGACGGCCAGAAAUGUGAAGCGGGGAGAGGCUGUACUGGAUGGAAUUUAACAUUCAUGUCAGAUGAUCCGCAUUGUAGACAAGUCCCACGUGGAUAGUCAGCAAAUGUCCAUACUUUAAUUAAUGACUCAACGUGGUUAUUAACUAAUGAAUGUCACAAGGCUCUCCCAACAAGUGCUUUCCAGAGUAAGCUGAAUAGGAGCUGAAAACAGAGUUUGUUCUGAAAACCUAUGUGCCUUAAAGUAUCUUUAAAUUUUACUACAAAGUCAUACAUCACGGACAAUAGAAAGAAUGAGACUUUUGAAGCAACUUUUAUAUGCAGAUGUAAUCAAAACAGAAAUUUUGCUUCUAAGUCAAUUAUUAUGCCUUUCCGCAGUGAAUUUCAAGUCACAAAUGACUAAAUAGACUGGAUAAUUAGAGCAAUAUUGACUUGACAAGUAAUGAACAAUUUUGGUGCUUUCUCCUCUUUCGAGUGUGGAAUGGUAGAAAAAAACAUGUGUCUCAGAGAAUUUUAUGUGAAUUCGUAGGCCAUAAUUACACCUUUUCAGGUAUGUAUCCUUGGGCAAUUCAGCUGAACCGAAAUGAAGGUUCACGCCUUUCUCUUCUCAUUUAGAAAAUGAGGAUAAUCUCUUCCUUCAUGGGGUUAAGGAAUAAACAAGGUAGAGUAUGUAAAACACCUCGCUCAAUUUCUGGCAUCUAGUGAAAGUGCUCAAAAAUGUUAGUAGAUAAAAAAUUGUUUGCUAAGUUUCAAUAUUCAGCCAGCCUUAUCCCUCUUUUGGGUAUAUACCCAAAGGAAAUGAAAUCAGUACCUCCAAGAGAUAAUCUGCGCUCCCCAGUUCAGUGGAGCAUCAUUGACAAUAGCCAAGAUAUGUGUCCAUCAACAGAUGAAUAAAUUGUGAUCUUACACACACACACUGAACACACAUAUACAUGAGGUAUGUAUUUACAUACAAUGGAAUAUUAUUCAGACUUAAAAAAGGAGAUCCUGCCAUUUGCAAUGACAUGGACAAACCCAGAGGGCAUUAUGUUAAGUCAGACACAGAAAGGGAAAAAACCUGCAUUUCCCUUAUAUGUGGAAUCCAAAAAUGUCAAAUACAUAGAAGCAGAGUAGGAUACACAUAGAAUAGGAUGGUGAUUACUGGGCGUUGGGGAAAUGGGGAGAUGUUAAUUAAAGUGUACAAACUCUGUUAUAAGAUGAGUAAGUCUAGAGAUCUCAUGUACAGCAUGAAGACGAUGGCAAGAAUACUAUCUUGAGUACUGGAACUUUGCUACAAAAGUAGAUUUCAGGUGGUCUCAUCACACAGAUAUACACACACAAAAGGUAACUAGGUGAGGAGAUGAUACAUUGAUUAGCUUGACUAUAAUUAUUCACUAUACAUGAAUAUCAAAUCAUACUGUACACCUUAAAUAUAUACAAUUCUUAUUAAAAAAUAAAAUUCAGUCAGCCUUGGUACCUUUCAUUGAACAGCUGGUUAAAAUGGCUAGUGUAGGGAGCUGGAGAAGAGGAUUCCUUCCCACCUUCUCUUGACUAAAUAUAAUAUACAUUUAAGGUCCAGAACAUGCUGUUUAAGAGGUUGUGGUAAAUUAUUUUGUAUACCAAAGACUUUCCUGAAAUAAAAUAGAUGUAUGCAUACAUAUUUUAAAUCAUUUUGCAAAUUGAGAGUCUAUAGAUUACUUAAGGGCACGUCUUAGUCCAUUUCUUAGUUUGAUACGCAUCUAACAACGUGCAAUUCUUGGGAUUUUUCUCCUAACAAAUUCAAAAUCACUGAUUUAAAACCUAAAAAGUGGAAGUGUGAAACCUGAAAUGUUUCAAUUACUACAGUUUUCCACUCACAGAGUGCGGCUACUUGGUUCAUCUCCUAAUCUCAUCUCAGGAAAGAGAGACAUUAUGCUUGGAGAACAAAGUCAAUUUAGAACAAUGUUAAUUCAAAGUCAUGCAAACCAUUUGGCAAAGAAACAAAAUUUAAGCUAUUACUUGCUGUUAAUUGCUUAGAAGUACAAAGUAUCAAUGUCCACAUGUGUUACUGGUUCAAGAAAAGCCCAGACUCCCCUUUUGCAAAGUUUAUGAUAACUGAAAGCAAAACCAGUUUGCUUCUAGCCUAACCUCACUUAUAGGUUCUGGUCUUUAACUGACUUCUGUCUGCAUAUAGACAAACACAUUCAUACGUUUAUGUGUAUACAUGUAUUUUUGCUUGAAAUACAAACACGUAAUUCCUUAUACUUAAAGGAAGUUAAAAUUCAAACAGAUAUUUCUCUCAAUAUUCAUCACUUUACUGGGGCAGAAAAAUUGGCUUUUAAGGCAUAAUAGUUUCAGGUUUUUAAUCAACUAUUCUUAGUCAUUAUUGGUAAGAACUCAAGUUCAGCUAAAUUCUGAUUAUUAGCAACACCGGUUUGCUUUUAAGUAUUCAAAAAAAGGCAAAAUAUAAUUAUCACUUUUUUUUUGUUGUUGUUUAAAAUACAUAGUACACUAAGGAUUGUUUGGACACAAGUCAUUUUUUUCUUUUUCUUUUUUUAAUAAACAGCGUGAGGUUACAGACUGCAAAGUUAAAAGAAAAGCAGACAUUGACAGUUUCUGAUGAGCACAAACAGUAAGUGCAGUCACAGGCCAAACUUCUUGCUAGGAACAGCAAGACUGGGAAGCGGUCUUAAAUUUAGUGACACUGUAUUAUUCUAUAUUCUCAGUACAAUAACACAUGCAUCUUGCUGUGUCAAAUACUUUCGGGGCCAUCAUUAAAAGAACAUUUUUAAAAACAUUUUUCUCCUAACGAAUGCAUUAUACCAUAGGACUUCAAUUCAUAGAAUGACAAAAUAUAGAGAAACAGAUUUGCUACAAUAAAAGGGGCCAAAAAAGGGUGGUGGGGGCUUCUUCUGGAAGCUUCCAAAGUCAACAUUUGAUGUGUUAGUAGUCUUCUUUUGGUAGGGCCACAUUCUCCAAGAUAUUAAAAGUGUUAGGUUCCAAAAGGAUAUAUUCUUUUAGAUUUUAUUCAACCCAAUUAAGCCCGAGGACUAAGUCACAUUGAAAUUAUUAAUUGUAUUUGAAACUUAAGUUCCAUAGCCAAAAACAUUUCUAGAAACCACAUGAAGUCCAAGCCCUCCAACCACUCUUUGGAACAAAAAUUAAAACAGAUAAGGGGCUUUUUCUUAUGAAAUUGAUAGAUCAUGACACAUUUGGAAAUUCAUACUAGAAUUAAGAAGUUUAGUCUUAUUAAAGAUAUUUUGAGAAAAUAUAAAACAAUGAAAGUUUUCUGCCUCCUUGCUUACUCAGAAGGAGGAACAAAAGUAAGAAUCACCUAAAAAUAUACAUGGCUCUUAGCAUAACCACAAAAUUAUUGUAGUGACAGAUUAAAUAAGGUUUCAGAUAGAUUUAUAGACUUAACUGGCUUACAAAAUGCAUUAAAAAAAAAACCUUUCCAUACUUACCAACGUGAAGAAUGGAGUCUACUGCUGGUAGUGAAAAUCAGUUACCUAAACUACACUAAACGUACAAUGGACUGAUUCCCACCCACCACCCCCAACCGCCCCCAACCCUCUACUAAAACUCAUAUGUAGUUGUGUAAAAAUUAAGUCAGAAAAUUUCCUUAUGGCUCAUAACUGUCACUUUAUGCUAACUAGCAUGGCUGUAAUAUUAACAUGUCUAAAACUAAGGAAAAAGAAUGGCGCUUCAUGAAUAAAAAGGAAGUGUGAAACCUUAAUCAAGUGGAAUACUCGGAUGAAAUAAGCUUAUUUAAAAACUAACAUCCCAACUUGGGAAACUCCUAAUAAAUUCUAAACACUUUUGAACUUUAGAACCUGAUGUUUACACCUUUUAUAAAAGAUGCCUCUUGACCAGGGCUAGCAAGCAGUGUGUACACAAAUAGAAAUGUUCGCAAAUAUACACACACUAAUUUCACUAAUAAUAAAGAAAAGAGAACACAACUAAUUUCGAAUGCCGAAUUCAAGAACCUAGUACCAUAAGCCUCCUGGAGCUACAGCCUUUUCCGUGGCUGGAGCAAGGAUUAAAUUUUAACUGAAAAUUUUUCUCAAGUCUCCAAUGCCAUUAAAAAUAAGGCAUGCCAACUCUGACUUUUUAUACGUCUCAACUACAGUGCUCUGGAAAUUUCUGUAACGUAAGAGCCUGAAGCACUGAAUUGUGACUCAUUUAUUUAUUUUUUCUUAUUAACCUUCUGAGGUAGAGUUACCAAUCCAAUUUUAUCAGGACUGUAGUUAUCUUGAGCUAAACCCCAUAAUCUUUUCAGAAAGUGAAAGUAGCUUUUGAGAGAAAAGAAAAAAAGGCUUCCCAGGCCAUGGCACAUAAAAUACACUUAUAAUUUUAAUGUAAUAAUUAAAAAAUAAAAAUGGUUUGUGUUUAUAUUUUAAAAAACAGCCCAGCUGUAUUACUCUGUCACCAAGAAUUGUUAUCUAAAGAUCCCGUCAGUGCUGAGUUUUAUAGUUCAGCCUUCACAAUCCCAUCCCUGAUGAAGAGUUAGUUCCCUCAUGGUAUGCACAAUAUACUCACAACAUUCGGCCUUCUCUUAGAAGGCUCCAUCUAAGGCUUCCUUUAGAAGUGCCCCUUCUGAGCAGGAUGGAUAUGAAGAAUGUGAUUCAUUCAAACAACUCCUCCCUGUUCUGUUCCCUCCUUCAACAUUCCCCUCUUCUCAAAAACAUCUGAAGUAUGAAGUUGUUUUUAAAUAGUAGAAGCACCACAAUCCAUUAACACCACAUAUGGUCUUUAAACUGAAAUAUUUUAGGGAUGUCUUGGACAUCAAAAUUGAUUUUUAAGGUGGAUUCUGAGUGUGUGGGUCCAGCCCAGGUCUGCAGUUUGUGCAGACACAGAAACAAAAGAAAGUUAAAACAUUCAGAAAAAGUUAACCUGUUAGCUGGCUUUAAAAUAAUGCUGGAAAUCCAAUUUUUUCAAAGAGUUGGCAAGCAUGGGCUAUUGGUCAGAAUAUGAAUUACAUGGAUUUACAAAAUCAUUAAGAAACAAAUCCAAGUUUAUGUGCUGUGAAAUUUCCAUGGUUCCUUUAAAAUAGAUAGGCUGCUCGUAAUUUUUUUUAUGUUAAAUCUCUCAAUUUUUGAUGGAAAAAGAAUACAGAUGGACUGUGUUUUACCUAUGUGAAAAUCACCAAUCCACUGAAAAUAAAAUCCAAGAGGGUAUAUACAUUCUAAUCAAGUCAUUGAUUAUUUUCCUGAUUAAUAAGAACUACACUUUACACAAAAUACUUUAUCAGCAGCUGUUUUCAUCAAAAAAACCAAUAUUCAGUUUCACAGUUGAAAAAAUUACACAUUAAAAUAUUUUACAAUUCAUUGUAUAUUCACCAGGUUCCCAUUUCCUAAAGGGCUUGUAAUAUAAAGCAGAUUAGAAGGGAAAACCUCAAAGUUGAUUCCUUUGACACUGAGUUUUACAGAGGACACUAAGAACCACAGAAAGCUUAGGUUCUAUCAUAAAAUAGUGACCAAAUUCCAUUCUUCUUUAAAAAAUCCAAUUAGAAACAUCUUUUUUAAAAACCAAAUUCUACAAUAUGAUUAACAGAUUUCAAAUUAACAGCAGUCUAAAAAUCUUCAAAAGAAAUGAUUUUGUUGUAUACUGAGAAUAUGAUAAAAAGUUAAAACAUGAUUUUCAGAUUAUACCUUAGUAGAAUGUGUUUAAAAUUAGGUUUUAUUUUCUUUAAACCUGCUUGGUUUUUCUUUUUUUCCUCCAAAAUAGUCAUUGAAGGAACUAUUUCUCAAGUGACCAAAUGAAACCGUAAAGUCAAGUUAGUUAUACCACAUUCAAUGAUAAAGAUGGUUGGCCACAGGAACUGACCAAUCCAUGGAAGUGAAAGGACACUGAAGUACCUGGAAACAGCUUGCCACUGACUUGACAGCCUAGUCACCCCAUGUAGCAUUCAAUUUUUGAUUCUUUGCCUUCUGAGCACUACCUGAGCCUUUUUUCUUAUUUUUAAUGUUGUUUGCUUAAACUCUGCUUGGAUUCAUUUAAAAUUUGCUUUGCUUUUAGCUAUAUCACUUAAUCUACAUUCUUUGUAAAAUUUGUCUACACCUCUUCAAAUAGAAUUAACUUGGUUGUAAUAACUGUUGAAAAUAAAUGUAAAAGAAGAAAUAAGCUAUGGGGCUGUGUUUUAAUCGUGGAGAGGUCCCAGGGGAAGAGGACUAGCUGGACUGAUGUGAGACAUGCAAAAAUCAUGUAAAUUUUGUGCAAGGAAGCUCAAAGCUUUUUUGGCACUUGGGUAAAUGCUGUUCUCUCUUAAAUUCUUCAGUUUCCACCAUCAGAGUUUCAGAUUUGUACCAUUUCAUUAAGUUUUCCUGUAAUUAAUCCCUGAUAUAGAAAAGACUGGGAUGUUAGUAUGUAUUAACUGAAUAUAUCUAAAAGGCACAAAAUGUUAAAGAAGUUUUAAUAAGUUAUGAAAUCUACAUCUGCAAAAGAAUCUAUUUGGCUUCCUGCUUAAAAUGGGAGUUUAAAUUCUUCUUAACUAUUCCAAGACAGUUUACAGAAAUAAGUUCCCCUAAUCUUCGAAUUUAUUUUUUUUGUUGGCAAUACUAUAUACAUGCUUUAGUACCUAAGUCUCCAAUAAUUAGGCCCUUUAAGGGCUCUAAAAUAGCCAAAUAUUAAGAGUAUUUGUAUUAGAGUCCCUUGUUUACUAUUCAAGACUUCUAUUAUAGGUAACUGAUUUCAUAAAUGAAUAUAGUUUAAGUGAUGCUGUUUUACUAGAGUAUAUAAUGUGCACUUUUUAUAGAGUUUUGUAUUCCAAUAAUAUGCCUAAUCUAGAAAACUGUCAGUAAAUUAUUGCACUUUUUCUGGUGUGGCACCUGGACAUUUGCUAAAGCUAUUUCCUAGGGCAUUAAUCAUCCAUUUCAAAUACUGAAUAAAAUAUGAGAUUCUAGAGUGGUGAUUAGCAUUAGCCCCUACACCUUCAGUUAAUGUUUUCCAAAGUGUUUAAGAAUGUAUCCUGCACUCAAAUGCAAUUUAAUAAAGUUGGACAGUGAGCCCUAAUAGCUUGGAAAUGGGACAUGAUCUUAAAAUGGUUUAAGGUCCUACUUUUAUUAUCCAGAUAUUGCAUAAAUAGCCUAAAAAGGUAAAAAGUUCAUGGUUUCUAUUCCCCCAUAUUAUAAAGUAUUAUUCAUGAGCAUACCUUGGUAGAGGGGUUGAAGCAAUCAGGAAGAUACUCUAUAUUGUGUUAAUUUUGGUAACUAGUUUCCUGACUGAGGCAUUAUCGACUAUAAAAGAAGAUGGAAAAUGGGGGAGUCAUAUGAAAACAGAAAGAAAUAAAACUAAAGAGGAUGAACUUUAAUCUGUUUUCCUUAUGCAGUUAUACACUUGUCACUGGUAUAAAUGGGAUAGUGCCUGAGCCUCACCCACAGACCAAGAGGAAAGCUGACCAUGCUGCUACGAACAAUAAAAAAUUUGGGGUGCAAACAAUGCAUGACUAUGGGACAGAUCAUGUAAAUAAAGAAUAUAUAUUAAUGAUAGUUUCUAUAAUAUAAAUAGCCUUUAAUAAAAAAAAUAAUCUUUUUUAAUAACAUUAAUACUCACUUCUAUUUUCUGGAAACAUGCAUGAAAAAUGUAUUCAAUUCAAUUGCAAAAGGAGAAAAAAAAAUCAUCCUACGGUGAAUACUGUACAAUUCUGGAGCAAGAACUAGUCCUGCUCAUUCUUUCUCUCUGAUGAUUAUUGUACUUUGUGGGAGCCCAGAAUUUCCCUGGGAAAUAAGAAUCAGAUUCUUGUAAAUACUGUCCAGAAAAAAACCCAAAAA